AGUGUGUGUGUGUGUGUGUGUGUGUGUGUGAGACGCUCACUGUAGUGUGUGUUGUCAGUGUGAUUGUGUCCCAGUGGACCAGUAUGCUACACAUCGUGGCUGUCCACCUGAAGAAGAUGGGGCUUCACUUUGGUGUCAUAGACGGCACAGUGAACCCUAAACGCCGCAUGGACCUGGUGGAGGACUUCAACACUAACCCUAAAGGGCCACAGGUGAUGCUGGUGUCACUGUGUGCUGGAGGAGUGGGGAUUAACCUGACUGGUGGGAACCAUCUCUUCCUCAUAGACAUGCACUGGAAUCCAGCUCUGGAGGACCAAGCCUGCGACCGAAUCUACAGAGUGGGUCAGCAUCGUGAUGUCACCAUUCACAAGUUUACAUGUGAGGGUACAGUGGAGGACAAGAUUUCCUCUCUGCAAGAGAAGAAGAAGGAACUGGCCCAAAAGGUCCUGUCUGGAACUGGGUCCUCCUUCACCAAGCUGUCUCUGGCUGAUCUCAGGGUCAUCUUCGGCGUGUAGUGUGUGUGUGUGUGUGUGUGUUUGUGUGCAUCACGGGUGACCACCCUCAGGUCUGGCCAUCGGUUUACUGACUUGCGUCCUGCACAGGUGGCUUCUCAGUUCAGAACGUUAUACAUCGGAGCCAAUCAGAUCACAGUUUUGGAGGACUGUGUGUGACCGACGUUCUCCUGUAUCAUCUACUGCGGCAUGUCUGCAAGAACACUGAAUGAGAGUUGAACUGCUAAAACCUGUUUAAGCCUGUUUAUGCCCAUUAUAAAAUGAUUAAACAUUUUGAACAUGUA